AUGGUGGAUCGUUUAGUCAAUAGUGAGGCAAAUGCUAGAAGAAUUGCUAUGGUCGAGAACUGCUUUGGCAGUUCGGGCCGGCCACUUGCUGAACAAGGAAGGGUUCUUGUGGGUGAAGGGGUCCUCACAAAAAUGUGCAGAAAGAAACCCAAAGCUCGUCAGUUUUUCUUAUUCAAUGACAUACUAGUUUAUGGCAAUAUUGUUAUUAAUAAGAAGAAAUACAACAAACAGCAUCUUAUUCCACUUGAAACAGUAAAAUUAGAAUCCCUCAAGGAUGAAGGACAAUUUCGUAAUGGUUGGUUGAUCCGCACUGCAUCUAAAUCUUUUGCUGUGUAUGCUGCCACUAGUACAGAGAAAGAGGAAUGGAUGGCUCACAUAGAAAAGUGUAUAGAGGAUUUGUUAAGAAAGAGCGGCAAACAACCUCCAUCAGAACACGCAGCAGUGUGGGUCCCAGACAACGAGGCCGCUAUUUGUAUGCACUGUAAGAAGACACAGUUCACUGUGCUUAAUAGAAGGCAUCACUGUCGUAAAUGCGGCUCGGUAGUGUGCGGUCCGUGUUCAUCCAAGCGGUUUGUCCUCCCCACACAGAGCGACAAGCCUCUGCGUGUGUGUCUACAAUGUUACGACGAACUAACGAGAGAUAGAGCUAGACCUGCGCAGGCGCAACAACCAGCUAUGCUCAGCCCGAGUAAGGAAGGCGCUGGGUCAGGAGAAUCAUCGGGUGAUGAUGAUUCUGAUGAUGAUGAUGACCGUGCCGCUGCCACCGACAACCAUGACGAGCCCAAGUUCUAUGGUGACGGCGAAAAGACUGAUGACACAAAUAACCAUUCGUCCAAGGAAACCAAAAAUAUUAAGGAAUAA